GCGGUACACUCGCGCGCGCCGCUAAUAUGCCUGCCAGUGUUUCACACUCUGGAGAAAAGAGAACAACUUGACUAGUUAGUUUGGAUAUAAAGGUUAACUCACUCUCAGAAAACAUUCCCCUGGAUGUGAUUUCAGUCAUUUUAAGGUAUACCAAACUGAAAGACGUCAUGAAGACGGAUAAAGACGGUAAAGACAUGAGGGGAGUGACUGUUAACCGCUUUGCUGAAGAGGCUCCCUCCUCAGGAAUGGCUAAGAAUGGGUACUUCUAUCAAGAGAUGGAGCAGAGGGAGAGAGAAGAACAUGAGGAGGGGAGCGAGGAGCGAGAGGAGGGCCAGGACUCUCCCAUCCCAUCAGGAGAUGACAUUCAUCUCUACGGCAACCUGACACACCAAGGAGGAACAGAAUCUGAUGUCCAUGGCUGUGUGCUGCUUAACACUUCUCGAAGGUAUGUGAAGCUGAUGAACUUCGAGGAGGAAGUGCGAGCUCACAGGGAUCUGGAUGGGUUUCUGGAGAGGGCCAGUAUUCUGCUGCACGAGGACGAGGCCUCUCUAGAUGAUGUGUUAAAGACAAUGCUCCGCCACGUCUCACAGGACCCUCACACCGCUGAGCCUGGCUGCAACUUCGAGGAGAUCAUGAGCUCACUCUUCACAGACGCUGGGUCACAGGAAGUCAAUGACAGGUCGCAGAAUUUCAUUUUCUUUGACGACGUGCAUCUAUUGUCAGAGACGCUGCAGUGUGUGACGGCCACAGCCACAGGGAUCCAGUACCAGCAGUCCUGGCUUUGCAUCCUCUGCAAUGUGAAGACCCUGCAGAGGCGGCACGUGUGUAUCUCACGCCUAGACCGUCCACAGAACUGGGGGGAAAACUGUGCAGAGGUCCGCUAUGUUAUCCUCAUUCUGGCACCUUCAAAGAUGAAAAGCACUAAGACGGCGAUGGAGCUGGGCAGGACGUUCGCCAGCAUGUUCUCAGACAUCUCUUUCAGACAGAAGCUGCUAGAGAGUAAAACUCAAGAGGAGUUCAAAGAGGCGCUAGUCAUCCAGAGGUACCACCUGACCGCUGCCAAGCGUAAAACCACAGCUGUGGAGGGCGAAGAGACAGACCCGCACAGUCAAAAACCACUGAAGUCUGCAGAAUCUGUGUUCUCUCAUCUUGUGUCUCUCUCUCUGCUGUGCAGGGGGCCCUGUUGUAGAGAUUUUUUCAGAGUGGGCAGAGGAAUCUAUGAGGAUCUGUGUCGCCGACUGCCUCUCUACCCGUCUGACUUCACUGAUGGUUUAGUGGGUAAUAACAAAGCCCUGGUCAAGUUCAUGACGACGUCCAUCUUUCUCUACAUUGCUGUGCUGCUUCCUGCCAUUGCUUUUGGCUCACUCAACGACGAGAGCACUCGGGGCGAGAUUGAUGUUCAGAAGACGAUCAUCGGGCAGAGUAUAGGUGGAAUCAUCUACUCAUUGUGUGCUGGCUCUCCUCUCGUCAUUCCACUGACCACAGCGCCCAUCGCUAUUUUCAUCAGCGUGAUUAGGGGGGUCUGUGAUGAUUAUGAGCUGGACUUUGCAGCAUUUUAUGCAUGUAUCGGCCUGUGGAACAGCCUCUUCCUCAUCAUGGGAGGAAUCUUCAACCUCAGUCUGCUUGUUAAGCUUUUCAAAAGGUCGAUAGAGGAGGUGAUAGCUUUGUUCAUUUCCAUUGCUUUUGUAGCAGACGCAGUUAAGGGCACUGUCAAGAUCUUUCAAGAGUACUAUCAUGCUCCCACUUUGGCCAAUGGGAGUGCGGCAGAGCUGAAUCGCAUCAGUGGAAGUGUACAUAUUGGGGAAUUGAACCUGACUGAGGCAGGGUCUGUGUCCCUCCCAGAAUCCUUCAUUCUGUGCACACGGGCACGACCGCUACUCUGUCUCCUCCUCAUGAUGGGCACACUGUGGGUGGGAUACACACUGUACCAGUUCAGGAGGAGUCCGUUUCUGCAUGUGAAGAUGAGAGAGAUUCUGUCCGACUGUGCUCUGCCUAUCUCAGUGCUUGUCUUCUCUUAUGUGGGAUCAUACGUUUUCAACGACAUUGCCUUGCCAGUGUUUAACUUCCAUGAAGGUCCAAUGUUUCAAAUAGCCCCACUGGAUAAGCUGUCUGGAGCAAGUGUUCUGAGUGCAAUGGGUUUGGGCUUCCUCCUGUUUAUCCUCAUCUUCAUCGACCAGAACAUUGUAGUUUCUCUCACAAAUGCACCCGAAAACAGGUUACUGAAGGGCACGGCGUAUCACUGGGACCUGACUCUGUCUGGCUUGAUUAAUAUUUUGAUGUCUGUGCUGGGCUUGCCGUGGAUGCAUGCUGCGUUCCCGCACUCUACUCUACACGUCAGACAGCUGGCCAUCGUGGAGGAAAGGGUGGAAGGAGGACACCUUUAUGAGACUAUAGUGAGUGUGAAGGAGACGCGAGUGACCUCGCUCGUGGCUAACAUCCUGAUAGGUGUGAGCUUGUUUCUGCUGCCGGUGCCCCUGCAGUGGAUUCCUAAGCCUGUGCUUUAUGGGCUCUUCCUCUACAUCGCUCUCACCUCCAUUGACGGCAAUCAAAUGUGCGACCGCAUGGCUCUGCUACUCAAAGAACAAACAUCCUACCCGCCAACCCACUACAUCCGCAAGGUGCCGCAGAGAAAGAUCCAUUACUUCACUUUCCUUCAGAUGGUGCAGCUGCUUUUCCUCUGUGCGUUUGGGAUGUACCCUCUCCCGUAUAUGAAGAUGAUCUUUCCUCUGCUAAUGUUUAUCCUCAUACCCAUCAGGAACUGUCUACUGCCCAGGAUCAUUGAGGCUAAGUACCUGGACAUUAUGGAUGCACAGCGCAUGUGAACGCAUGCACACUGAGCCUCUGAGCAAAGGACUCUGGGAAUUGUAUUUCUGAAAUGCAAAACUCUGGGAG